AUGGCGAGCGGGGGUGGCGAGCGGACCGGUGAGCGAGUAGACGGUGUGAGCGAGGGGGGCGGGCCGGGCGCUCUCGGUGCGCCGCCUGGCGACGGUGCGGCUGUGCGCCGCCGGGCGCGCAGCGGAGCGAUGCUCUGCGCGCCCCGCUCGGGCGUGGGGGCGUGGGGUGGGGGGAAGGCGAUGCCUCUCUUCCCGCCCGGCGAGAGCGUGGACAGGGGGCUCCUUGACGUCGCGGCCAAGGAGGUGGGGCGUGGAGGACCGGGGGGGGGGGGGCGCCCGGCAGCGGCUUUAUUAAGGCGCCCGGCAGGUUGCGUCGAGAGCAGCGGCGGCAGCGGCGCGCACCGGCCCUUUGCCUUCACGCCCAAGCCCCCUGCGCCCGGGUGGGGUGUUCCAAAGGGGCCGGCCCGCGCCUCCAGGUCGGCAGGAGUCGCCCCCACCCCUUCCCCGCCUCCGCCUCCUCCCGAUCCGGCUUUCUCCGCCCCUCGCCUCGUCUCUCUGCCGCGUCUCGCCGUCUCCAGCCCGAGGAGCUGCCGCGCAAAAGCGCCGAGGGGACUUAGCAUCGGGAUGGUUCUCCUGUCACUGUGCUUAAUAGCAGCCGCCGCUCUGGUGCAGUUUAAGACUUCCGCGGAUGAACAAGCUGCUAAAGAAGAAAUCAUUCAAACAGGAACAUCCAAAAACAAACUAAAGCACUAUGUCCUAGCAACCCCAGUCAGCACCAGCGCAGAUGGAAGUUUCAUCUCCAACGUUGUUUCCGCAAGCCAUCCGAGAAGAUCCAUAAGAGACGUCUCGCCAAGCCCCAAACGACUCUAUUUUAAUGUGUCUGCGUUUGGGAGGGAAUUCCAACUCCGACUGAGGCCGAACACUCGCCUAAUAGCUCCAGGAGCAGUGGUGGAGUGGUACGAAGAUUCUGUGGAAACCAGUAAUGUAACUGAUGGUGUUAGCGUGGGUCGGACGGAGGCCGUCACGGAAAAGAUAUGGAAAAAGGAAUCGCUGUGGACCAGCUGUGCUUACGUUGGAGAUCUUGUGGAUAUCCCAGGAGCUUCUGUCGCUGUUAGCAACUGUGAUGGUCUGGCCGGCAUGAUAAAGGCAGGCGAAGAUGAAUAUUUCAUUGAGCCUUUGGAGAAAGGGAAACAAAUGGACGAAGAGACAGGAAGGCCUCACAUGGUCUAUAGGAGGUCAACAAUUGCACAAGAUCCAACAGAUAUGACUCCUGACUUCCACAGUGAAGGAUCUGAUCUUGGAGUCCUGCACACACUCGACUCUACCUAUGCUGGCAUAGAGCAACAGCUGAACGAGACGCUGAGGCAGCGAAGGCACGCUGGGGACAACGACUACAAUAUCGAAGUGCUUCUUGGUGUGGAUGACUCUGUGGUCCGAUUCCAUGGCAAAGAGCACGUGCAGAACUACCUCCUCACCCUGAUGAAUAUAGUGAAUGAAAUUUACCAUGACGAAUCCCUGGGAGUCCACAUAAAUGUUGUGCUGGUUAGAAUGAUGAUGUUGGGCUAUGCCAAGUCCAUCAGCCUCAUUGAACGAGGAAAUCCAUCAAGAAGCCUGGAGAAUGUGUGCCGUUGGGCGUACCAGCAACAAAAAACAGACUUAAGUCAUUCAGAGCACCACGAUCAUGCCAUCUUUCUAACCAGGCAAGAUUUUGGACCAGCUGGAAUGCAAGGAUAUGCUCCAGUAACAGGCAUGUGUCACCCUGUCAGGAGCUGCACUCUUAACCAUGAAGAUGGAUUUUCUUCUGCCUUUGUGGUCGCCCAUGAAACUGGCCAUGUGUUGGGAAUGGAACAUGACGGACAAGGGAACCGGUGCGGGGAUGAGACAGCAAUGGGAAGCGUCAUGGCUCCGUUGGUGCAGGCAGCUUUCCACCGAUACCACUGGUCCCGGUGCAGCGGCCAAGAACUCAAAAGAUACAUACACUCCUACGACUGCCUCCUCGAUGACCCCUUUGAACACGAUUGGCCCAAACUUCCUGAGCUGCCGGGGAUCAAUUAUUCCAUGGACGAACAGUGCCGCUUUGAUUUUGGAGUGGGCUACAAAAUGUGCACGGCGUUUCGAACAUUUGACCCAUGUAAACAGUUGUGGUGCAGCCACCCGGACAACCCCUACUUCUGCAAGACGAAGAAGGGGCCUCCCCUUGAUGGGACGGAAUGUGCCCCCAGUAAAUGGUGCUAUAAAGGUCACUGCAUGUGGAAGAACACGAACCAGCUGAAGCAAGAUGGCAACUGGGGAGCGUGGACGAAAUUUGGCUCCUGCUCCCGGACAUGUGGAACCGGCGUUCGCUUCAGAACCAGGCAGUGCAACAAUCCCAUGCCAGUGAAUGGGGGCCAAGACUGUGCCGGCGUCAACUUUGAGUACCAACUGUGCAACAUGGAAGAGUGUCCCAAGCAUUAUGAAGACUUCCGAGCCCAGCAGUGUCAACAACGCAACUCACAUUUCGAAUAUCAGAGCAGCAAACACCACUGGCUGCCGUACGAACACCCUGAUGCCACCAAGAGAUGCCAGCUUUACUGCCAAUCCAGAGAGACGGGCGAUGUGGCUUAUAUGAAGCAACUGGCCCAUGAUGGAACUCGCUGUUCGUACAAAGACCCGUUCAGCAUUUGUGUGCGCGGAGAAUGUGUGAAAGUGGGUUGCGACAAGGAAAUCGGCUCCAACAAGGCUGAAGACAAGUGUGGAGUAUGUGGAGGAGAUAAUUCCCAUUGCCGGACAGUAAAAGGGACCUUCACCCGAAUCCCUAAGAAGCCUGGGAAGACGAGAAGCGCAUUCACUUUGCCCAAAGGAGCUCGCAAUAUCUCUGUUUCUGAAACCAGAGAAUCUAAAAAUAUCCUGGGGUACCUUAAGAUGUUUGACAUCCCACCCAGUGCUAGACAUGUGAUUGUCCAAGAAGACGAGGCUUCUCCUCACAUUCUUGCCAUUAAAAAUCAGGCAACCGGCCAUUAUAUUCUGAACGGGAAAGGAGAGGGUUCCAGCUCUCGUUCCUUCAUCGACCUCGGCUUAGAGUGGGAAUACCACAUAGAUGAUGACAUAGAAACCCUUCAGACCGAUGGGCCAUUGUAUGAUGCUGUUGUCGUAUUGAUCAUUCCUCAGGACAACGACACCGAAUCUAGCCUGACGUACAAAUAUAUCAUCCACGAGGAUUCUGUGCCUAAUGUUAACAGCAACAAUGUACUUCAAGAGGAGUUGGAUACUUUCGAGUGGGCUUUGAAGAGUUGGUCCCAAUGCAACAAGCCUUGUGGAGGAGGUUUUCAAAACACCAAGUACGGGUGCCGCAGGAAGAGCGAUAGCAAAAUGGUUCACCGCAGCUUCUGUGAAGCCAGCAAAAAGCCAAAACCCAUUCGCAGGAUGUGCAAUCUUCAGGAAUGCACGCAGCCAUUCUGGGUUGCAGAAGAAUGGGAGCAUUGUACCAAGACCUGUGGGACUUCUGGUUAUCAGAUCCGUGCCGUGCGUUGCAUUCAGGUGCUUCAUGAUGGUGCAAACCGCUCAGUUCACUUCAAGUACUGCAACAGGGAUCGCCCGGAGAGUAGAAGGCCUUGUAACAGAGCCCCAUGUCCUGCUCAGUGGAAAACCUGGCCAUGGACUCCAUGUUCUGUGACCUGCGGUGAAGGAACGGAAUCCAGGCAGGUUUUAUGCCGCACUGGUGACCAAUGCAAUGGAGAAAAACCAGAAUCCGUGAGAGUUUGCAAGCUCGCUCCCUGUAACGAUGAACCUUGCCAGGGAGACAAAUCUAUCUUCUGCCAGAUGGAGGUGCUCGCCCGGUACUGCUCCAUCCCAGGAUAUAAAAAGCUGUGUUGCGAAUCUUGCAGCAAACGUAGCAGCACCCUUCCACCUCCUUUCCUUAGCGAAGCUGCGGAAACUGAAGAGGACAUCAUGGCUAACCCCAUCGUCAUACCCAAGGCUUUGGUUGCUCCUACUGGUUUAGUCCCUCCUCAUCCUGAGAGACAAGGUGCUUUGGGCAGGAUGUCCUUGGUAGAAGAAGAUACACAUGCGCUUAUUCCUCCGUCCUACAGUCAUGCCAGAGUUGCUGAUCCACCUCAACAGAGAGUUCAAAACACUGCAAGAAACAAGACUUCUGGGCCUGUUUCAAUGCCAUAUCAGCCACUGACCAAAAGUGGGCAUCUCCUUACCCACAAUUCCUCAGCCUUGUUAGAUAUUGGUCCAGCUGUGGCAAGUAACAACAGUUCAUCUGGUGCUCAUGCUCCGCACAGAACCUCACAGAAAAUUGAGAAGCAAGGUGACAGGAGGCAGCCUCCAAGGCCUCCCACUGUGGAAAGAUGAAACUUAGAGCAAACCAAAGGGGAAGGAGUUAAUGAAAGUGGCGGAAUUGUGUCUUUGCUUUGUUCCAGACACCAUGGUGCAUGCAAAAUUUCCAAAACCAAGACUCUUAAUAUGUCAACAACUAAAAUGAAGGGGAAAAGUGCAGGUUCACUUUCCAGUUGCAUCCAUCCUUCCCCUCUUUUUCUCCCUGCACCCCACCCC